CGGAAGCGCCACGUGCUCCUGCGCCCGUUCCAGACCAGGCGGCUAAGACCUCAUUGAAGGGGAGAUGGCAGCGAACAUGGAAAAUUUGCCCGAACACCUUCUGUUGGAUAUCUUGUCCCUGGUUCCAGCAAGCGACCUGAUUUGCAAUUGCCGGCUGGUCUGCUCUCAGUGGCGGGACUUGGUAGACCUGCCGGUUCUGUGGAAGCGCAAGUUCCAGAAAAGGGACAGCGACUCUUCUCCAAUGCCAUUGGCUUUCUACAUUUUCUCCCACCUAGAGAAGAAUUUAAUCAAGAACCCUGAUGGUCAAGAUGGCCUGGACUCCUGGGAAAUCCAGACACCUGCCGAGGGCCACUGGGAAACUGAGGAACUGUCCAUAGAAGACUCAAAACGCAUCCAUGAGAUAAUCGACCCUUUUGAAUUUGGCAUUUUUGGGGAGAGAGAUGAAGAUGCUCCUGUUCAGCUCUACAAAUGCUUUGUUGCACGUAACAGGCCCUGCAGCAAGUCUCAGCUCAUCACCUUGAAGGACGAAGGCUAUUGGGACGAACUGAUGGAUGAAGCCAGACCCAGUAUUGUGGUGGAGGACUUUGUUUCAGUUGGACCUGGUUCAUGCUAUAAACUGACCGUGAAGUUGUUGUCCGCAGACUCUGAAGUCCUUCAAGAACAUCAAUAUGAAGAACCUGGUGUGACAUCGUGGCAUCCGGUUGCACACGCUUUUAACAACUACCCUCAAGGUGUCCGUCAUAUCCUCUUUGAACACAAAGGGCACAAGGAAGCCAAAAGACUCAAGCGCUAUAGGUUCUUCCCAAGUGAAGACAGGGAGCCAUCCCGGGGUGAAACGAGGGUGUUGCAAAGUACCAUCACACUUGAGCCACCACCAAUGACAGAAGUGGAUGAGUACGACGAGGUCCACGACUACAUCUCCGUCCACGGCUACGGCUACAACUACUUCAACGACUAUAAAUAG